AGCUAGCCCACAUACCAGAGAACAGGUCCAAUGAUGUAGACCAAAUGAAAAUGCAUAGCUGGUAGGUGUUGGGAGUUUCUGGACAGAGAACCAGCUGUUUGAGAGAGCCGAUAUUCUUUGGACCUGUCUCAACUUGUUAAAUCAGCGAUAGCUUUAGGCUAAGGAGCCAUAAAUUGGUCUACCCUGUAUCCGAACGAUAUUAUAUUCCGCUGAGGGCAUAGAGGAGCGGUCGUCAAGGGUCAUCCACGAUUGUCAGGAUGAAAUUCGGCAAGACGUAUCAGAGUUACCAGACUCGACUGCACGAAUCCGCAGAUAUCCCGUCGCGCUUCGCGCAGGUGGACUACCGAGCGUUGAAGAAGAUUCUCAAGCGAUGCCUCUCCUCGCGCGCUCACGGCACCACGCUGCUUCUAGUCGGCCAGUCAAAUGAAGCCACGCGAGCUUGCGAUUUCAACCAGCUGGAAAACUCUUUGUUCGACGCCGUGAAUCCCGCAAGCCCCGUCAACUCCGUCAACUCCGUCAACUCCGUCAUCCCCGUCCACUCCGUCAUCUUUGACGCCGUUAAGCCUGCGGCCGGCUGUCCUCAUUGCGACGGCGAGUUCUUCAAGCUGCUGGAGGAGGAGCUGCGAAGCAUCGAGCGAAGCUUCACCCGCGAGGCGGCUCGCGUCAUCAGCUGCCACAACGCGCACGGGCUGUCGGCAAUUCUAUCCCGGUUCUCCGACUACAGCAAGCCCGAGGUCAUGUACUGUGCGGCGUCGAGCCUGCUGGAGCACCUCGCGCUCAGCUACCUCGCUACAAGGAAAAUCGUUAAGAAGUACAUCAAGGUGCACAGCGCCCCUAUCAGCACCGGCCUUGACGAAGAGGCCGGAGCAGAGGGCCACCAAUCCGUCGAAAAUGAGGGAAUUGGCGGGAGCGGCGGAAACGCGGAGAGACUAGAAGGUAUUCGGAUGCUGCAGCAGCGCAUCCUGCGGUCGCCGCUGAUGCUGGAGCUGACCGCGCUGCUGUCCAACCUCAGCUACGCCCUGGAGCAGAAGCAGCUCAAGCUGCAGGCGAAGCAGCAGCAGCAGCAGCAGCAGCAUAAUCACUCACCGAGCCACGCGGAACACCAGCGGCCGCAGCAGAAUGAAGGGGAGCAGCAGCACCCUGCGGGCCCUCCUUGCCCGCAUGCUCAGACGCAGCACAAGCUCUCCCGCGGGGAGAGGCGCGAGCAGCAGCAGCGGCAGCAGCUGUUCGGCUGCAGUGCGGCCGGCGCAGUGAGCGAGCACCACCACCACCACCUGCACCGCCACUGCCACGACCCACGCUGCCCCGGGUUCGAUCUGCGGCGCAGCCAGGAGCACCGCGACGGCAAGUGGCGCUACCAGCACCUGCGCUGGCUGCACAUCCUCGCGCCCAUGCAGAGCACCUGGACGGGCGGUGGCGCCUCCUCAGGUGUUUUUUCAGGUAGGCUGCCGUGGAGCCCGGUACGGGGGGCUGGUGAGGAGCGGCAUGGGCAGGGGUUUCCUAACGGUGGCUCAGGAGGUUCGCCAGGUGGUUUCCCAGGUAGGGGGAGUUUCCUUGGAGCAAGUGAGGUGAGGGAGCAGGCGUGGAGUGAUGACGAGGAAUCCGAGGAGGAGGGGGAGGAGGAGGACGUGUCUGUGACGAGAUGUGAUUCUAGCAUGGACCUGUUUGAGUAUGCGGAGGGUUCUACGGGGCGAGAUCAGAGAGUAGGAGGAACCCUAGGGUUCGGACCACAGAGCAUGACAGAAUGUGGUGAUGCUGGUGCUGGCGAUGGUGGGGAAAGCGGGGGUGGAGAAUCCAGCAUCGACCUCAGCAGUGGCGACGGGCAAUCGGACGCGAGUGAGAUUCUGUUAGAGAGGGGGGCAGAGGGGGGGUGCAACAAUGGCGAUGAGAGGUGGAGGGGUGGCGGUGGUGUGGCGCCAGCCAGUGAGGGGCUAGCGGAGCAGCCAGUGAGGCGGCGCAUUCUGGCUGCUGUGGAUGGCGGUGCCGGGAAUUCUGACAUGCCGCCGGCAUGCGAUGGUGCUGAAGUGUUUUCUGCAGAUGGUCCAGUGCUCGUCAACUCAGAUGGACUGCCAGAGCGCUUGGCAGGACAGGAGCAGGAGCAACAGCAGCAGCAGCAGCAGCAGCAGGCGGGGUCGGAGCCGGUGUUGGAGCUGCAGCUGAGGCCGGAGUUCCACGCCCACGUGGAGUUCAAGUGCCCCGUCUGCCUCGACGUUUUUUUUGACCCCAUUGCUCUCGCUUGCGGCCACAUCUACUGCCGCUCGUGCGCCUCCUCAGUGGCGAAAGUGCCAGCUUUUGAAGACAUUCGCAUGGCAUCGCCACACAUCCCAUGCCCGGUGUGUCGCCAGGCGAAUGUUUUCGGGCAGAUGGUGUCUCUAAAAGAACUGCAUCGGCUCAUAAUGGCUCGGCAGCCGGAACAAUGGAGGGAGCGGAGGGACGAGGAGCUUAAGCAACGGCGGGAACAAGAGAGGAAGUACAUGGACGAACAGAUGAGGAUCGCUCUCAAAUUGUAUUGAGAUGGAGAGGUGAAGUCAUGUGCUGUCGGCGUAGAUCAGGGUGUUGCAAUGCAGCAGAGAUGAAUGUAUGGUUAGGGGAUUGUAAUGUGCAGUAGCUAAUUAUUUUCAGCUUUCUGGCUUAGUUGUUUUAGCGCAUAAGCAUUUGAAAUUUGUCUU